AUGGAUCACAUGAGUGCUCUCCCAAUUGAGAUCAUCACCAUAAUAAUAUCAUUUCUUCCAAUCGUCGAUGCCAUUCGACUUUGUUUUCUGAGAAGGGAAUGGUAUUUUAGCAACCUGUGGAUUCACUCCACCAUAUUUGAGCUCAAAGAGAAAAGCUUCAGAAGACCAGAAACGAUAAGGCGAUACCGAGGACGAAGAAGAAGAUCGAUUGCCGUGGAAACGAGACAAAAUGGCAGGAUCAAAUUCUUGCAAGUUUUCAAUAGGGUUUUGUUCUCUCUAGUGUCUCCAGUUAUAUCCAGCUUCAGUUUUCAUCACUUGACCUAUACAACUAGUCACAGGAAUGAGAUUGAUAGGUGGAUCGAAUUCGCCUUAUCGAAGGGUGUCCGAGAUUUAGUCCUGAAUUUUUCUGUUGAUUUCCCCAUCAAUCAGUCCGAGCCUUGGAUAGUGAUCAUCAAAUAUCAUUUGCCUGAUGUAUUGUAUCAAAAUGCGAGUUCCAUUAGAACUCUUAGCAUAAAUUCGUGCAGAGUCGAUGCACGCAGGAUCUCAUCUUUCAAAAACAUUAGGAGCUUGACCUUAACCCGGAUUAAGAUAUCGGUACGAAACAUAGGUCAUAUGGUACCUCAAUGUCCUCUCUUGGAAAAUCUUUGUCUGGUAGAAUGUUUUCAAGAGUGGAAUCUUAAAAUCAAUUCUAUGAGUCUAAAGAGGUUGAUUGUAAGGCAUUCUAAAGGAUUUACUCUAAUGGAAAUUAGACUUCCAAGACUCGAAUAUUUCGAGUACGCCGGAGACCUAAUUAGAUUUGAUCUUGAUCUAUUGUAUGCAUUGGAGGAGGCUGUGAUGGACUUCACUAUGAAAUACAUAUCAGCUUUUGCUUACUGGUAUGAGGAUGCAAGGGAAUAUUUUUCAGGCUUGGCUGCUGUGAGACAACUCAAAAUAUGUACCAAUGCUUUCAAGGAAUCAUUCAAAGGGGUUUUUCAAAUAAAACACUUCGGUCUAAUUUGGCAAACAAUAUUGACAGCAAUAGAUAUGUUAGCAGAUAUAGUAGUAGCAGAAAUUGGAGACAAUAAUGAUGGCAGAUAUGCUAUCUGGAUGAUCUUUCCACAAAAUUACUUGCGCGACGAGCCAUUUCUACGACUGCGAAAUGCUCAGGAAUUGACAUUGACAACCACCAUGGAGCGCUACGAAGUUCUUGGGAUAUUGAGCAUCAUAACAUCUGCUACACAUCUCAGGACCCUCACCUUCAUUGCAGGUCAUAGAAGACCUUUGAAGGAACUGAUGUGUGACUAUUACUCUGAAGAGUUGGAUGAAUUCUUACAUCCAGAUGAAUCUUCAGUCUCUAAUCGUCUUCUAGAGGUCAUAGUUGAGGGAUUUAUGGCAAAGCAGUAUGAGAUGGAGAUACUGAAGUUUCUAGUGGGUAGUGCAACAAUGCUCCGCACUAUCACACUCCUGCCCCGUAUGGGUUAUUCGGAGAGGCGAAUCGCUGCAGCAGCAGCAGACCUCCUUAGUGUGAGGGCUGCUUCAGAUCAUUUACAGAUAAAUUGGUAG